AUGGUCUCCAAACCGCUUCCGACACUAAUAAAGGAAUCCUUGUCUCUCUUCCAGCAAGAACUGGACGCCGUGCGAGACAUCAUAUCUCUUCCCGAAACUGAGGAGACUUGGGAUGACAUAGGAAGAGCCAUUAUGCGUUUUACCGCUCUGUUGAAGGAUAAUUCCUCAGAAUUUCCUCAUGAACUUACGGGCAUGCUUCGGUCUCUCUCACGACCCCUCAAUUCUGCGAUCAACUCUGAAAGGACACGUUUGUCUGGCAUAGCGGUUGACUUAAUCGGCACCGUCGCUGAGGUGUUGAAGGGCUCCUUCGAGCCAUUACUUCCUCUUUUCUUGCCGACACUUCUGACUCUUUGUACGCGAACAAACAAGGUCUUCGUCAGCAGGGCGCGAGUCUGCAUCACUGCCAUUAUCGAGCAAACCCACUCAGUAUCAAUUCUAUCUUACCUUACCGAGUCUGUCAAGGACAAAUCAAUAUCUUUGCGUCAAACUGCGGCAGAAAGCGUUCUCAUUUGCCUGAGGAGCUUCCAACCGACAGUCCUGGAUAAAGAGCCUCGUAUCGUUCAGUUGGAAUCUAUCAUCAAAGUCACCGCGACAGAUGCUAGUGCCGACGUGCGUAAAAUCUCUCGCAAGAUAUUUGACGCAUAUAAAGUUCUCUUUCCAAGGCGGGUGGAUCAAUUCACAGAGCCUCUAACUCCCACUAUCAGAAAGUAUCUCGAUAUCAAACUGAAACCCCCAUCCCAAGCCAAACAGCCCAGUCGCACUGCAUCUGCGCAAUCAUCAUAUUCUGGCCAUGGACCUUCGCGAACGAGAAUGCUCUCGUCUUCUACGUCUGCGCUGCAUCACUCGUCCUCUACGGCGCAGAACGUUAUACGAUCGAGGACCCGUGACCGCGCGUUUUCUUCGUCUGAAUCGUCGGCACAAGGAGGUCCCAGCACGCGGACAGCGAAACGGAAUCCUACUGCACCUCUUGACGGUGUUGCUAUCCAAGUUGGUGCGAAACGUAGCGGCGGCAUGCCGGUGCAGAAGCCAGGACGGACUGCUGUGACGGAUAUGGCACCACCGAACAAUGUUCCUAUUCGGACCCGUGACACACAAACGGUGUCAACUGGUGAACCUGGCAAAUCGUCGGGACAGGACAUGAGUGCUAUGCGAAGAGGCCCUUCCCGCCCAGGCCCAAUGACGACGAUGGCGUCUGCAUCUCACAGUCAGUCUACCUCUGGCUCUAAUUCCCAUCCUGAGUCUGGUCGACCGGAAGCAGAGCCGCGUACGACAGCCACUCGACCGCCCGAAAACUACGGCGGAAAGAGUGGACCAUUACGCCCGCUGUCGGAUGAUGCAUGCAAGACGCCUUUGACACACGAUACUCUCGAUAAAUCCGGGCGAGUAGUUGGCGGUGCCAGACGUGUGUUGCUCACACACGCGACAGAUUGUGCCCAGAGUGGUACAUUCGGGCCCAAGCACAAAGACGUUGUGGCAGGCGAAACGUCUUCGCAUGCACCAUCACUACCGACUUCGAUUGACUUAAACGCCUCGAUCGGAACUACCUCUACACAGGACAGUGUUGCUCCGCUCAAGCGCAUUAAUGUCAAGGAUAAUGGAAAACCUGUACCUAUAGCCCAAGCAAGUGCAGCAAAGGCCAUCGCCUUGCCCCUUUCCGGGACGACGACAGAGGACGAACAUCUACCAAAGGGACGAGGCGGUAGACUAGCACCGAGUCUCUCUAAAGCAUCAACUGUGCGGAAGGGACCGAAGGGUGCAAAGCCUGUGUGGGGCCGUGCCGCUGCCUCUGUGAAGGUAAACGCAGCUUCGAGGGUCAGCCCUGAGAUCUCCAACAAGAUGGUUCAGAAUAAACUGCCAUCUGAACGUGUUGUAGGGCUGCAGACGUUGCCUGAGGAAACGCCCCUUCCGCCAAGCCCAAUAGAGGCUAAAAAUCCAACAUCCGUCCCCUUGCCACCGUCUCCGACGCUGCGUCCCUUUGCAGAGCGAACUCCUACACGGGCGACCAUCGUGGAGAAAACACCAACACCAAUCCUCUUUGUGGAAGAGACUAUCACCCCGCAGCGCCAACCCAAUGCCAACGACGUGCUCAGCAAUGCUGAGCAAACCCCCAUUUCUGCUCUAGUCGCUUCCAUUGAGCAAGGCUUUUUGUUCACACCAGGCGCACCUCUGUCACCACCAGUAAUGCGUCUCGAACAUUGCUCGUCGUUUAUCCUCACCGAGAGCGACGCACAAUGGGACGGGGCAGUAGGCAGCACGGCGCGUUUGAACGUGGGACGAAUGUCCUGCGAGUAUUCCACCGGAGCGUUCGACGACUUGGACACCGAUGACAAAAGAUCACAUCAGAGCAGGCGCGUUCCAAACGACUUGCAUAUGAGACAACAGAUUGGAUAG